AAACAAAUUGAAAAGAAUAACAACAAAAUCUGCAUCCAAGUGAGUUACUACAAUGCUGAAGAAAACAAUUCAAACAUUGGUACGAUGUGAUGUUCAUAUGAAACGAAAUCACUUGUUUGGCAAUUGUGUUAGAAACAUUAACAGCACUUCUCAAAAUGAUAGAACAACCUCGUACUCUGUUCCAAGGGAGAAAGUAGAUUGUGUCGUGAUAGGAGCUGGUGUGGUUGGAAUAGCAGUUGCAAGGGCAAUGGCACUCAAGGGUAGAGAGGUGAUUGUCAUUGAAUCAGCACCUAGUUUUGGGACUGGGACUAGUUCUCGAAACAGUGAAGUUGUUCAUGCUGGAAUUUAUUACCCUCGUGAUUCUUUGAAGGCGAUUUUUUGUGUAAAAGGAAGAGAAAUGUUAUACGAGUAUUGCUCAAAGCAUGAUAUUCCACAUGAACAAACUGGUAAGCUUAUAGUGGCUACUCGAUCCUCCGAGAUUCCAAAGUUAAAUGAAAUUUUAAAUCAUGGUAUUCGGAACGGUGUUGAUGGUUUGAAGGUGAUAGACGGUGUUGAUGCCAUGAAAAUGGAACCAGAAUUGCAAUGCGUGAAAGCGAUACUAUCACCUCUCUCAGGGAUUGUCGAUUCUCAUUCUUUAAUGCUCUCUUUAGUGGGGGAAGCUGAAAAUCACGGAACAACCUUCACCUACAAUUCAACCGUCAUCGGCGGACAUAUAGAAGGAAAUGAGAUUUGUCUCCAUAUAUCAGAAACAAAGAAUCUUAAAGAAUGGAAUGAUACAUCAAUUUUGCAACCAGAAUUAUUACUUUUUCCUAAACUUGUAGUAAACUCUGCAGGCCUUAGUGCCCCUGCCCUUGCAAAAAGAUUUACCGGUCUACAAAACCGAGUUAUUCCUCCUGCCUAUUAUGCGCGUGGUUGCUACUUCACGUUGUCGAAUACGAAAGCUCCUUUCAAACAUUUGAUAUAUCCUAUACCGGAGGACGGUGGACUUGGAGUGCAUGUUACUUUAGACUUGAACGGUCAGGUCAAGUUUGGUCCGGAUGUCGAAUGGAUCGACGGUGUUGAUGAUAUCUCAAGCUUUCAAAAUAAGUUCGACUACUCAGUACAUGCAAACCGCGCCGAGAAGUUUUAUCCAGAGAUAAGAAAAUACUAUCCAAAUCUAAAGGAUGGAUCUUUGGAACCAGGAUACUCGGGGAUCCGACCUAAACUUUCGGGACCCUAUCAGUCACCUAUUGAUUUUGUUUUACAGGGAGAGGACAUUCAUGGAAUACCUGGACUUAUUAAUCUUUUUGGAAUUGAGUCGCCUGGUUUAACAUCAAGCUUGGCAAUUGCAGAUUUUGUUUCUACUAAAUUUUUGUGAUGACACAAAGCUAUGCAGUGUGGAACUUGAAGAUGCUUGACAUCACCAAAAGACACAUUGUUAUUGUACAUGAGAAAGGAUUUAGAGUCUUUGACUUUACAUUCUUUAACUUAGCAUUUCUUUUGUAUACACCAAAUGGGGGACAUUUUUUCAUGUAGUGGUUUCCUCCACUAACAUUGAUGUGCUCUCCCUUGAACACAUUGAGAUAAGAAUAUUUGCUACUAAACUAGUCAAAUAAAGAUAUUCUUAAACAAGUACUAACAUUUUAUAUUUUCAAUACAAUAACAUAUAU